AUGUUUUCGGCCAGCGAAAAAAGUCAUGUUUCUGUUAAAAUCCAAUUUCGUUAUUGUUGCUUCAACAAACUAAUAUAAUAAUAAAUUAAGUAAACUUUCUGUAAUAUGGAAGCUUGCUCACAUUUUUGAUUUUGGUACUCUAUUUGCUGUGCUCACCACCUGAUGUCGUCAUGUGAUAGGUAAUCGAAAACUCAAAACAAAAAUUGAGGUGUUGACCCUGAUCGCCCUGUACAAGAUCGUGAAAGUGUGAGAGGAAUGUCCCGACGUGAGUAAUCAAUCAAUUAAGAAUAGCCUAGAAUGUUGGCUCUUAGAUAUACACAGUAAUUAUAUUAGGCUAACCUGUAUCAAUAUGUCGGAACUUACAGUAGUAGAUGUACAUGGAAUCGCGGCUGACAUCGGCGAAGAACUGAAAAAGCUGAUCGAGGACUAUGGCAGUGAGUCAGUCACUGAUCUGAUGCCACUGAUCAUCCGUGUUUUGGAACAGCUGGAGUCAUGUGUACGGAACUUGGAAACACGCAGUGGAGAAUCGGAGGAAGGAAAGGAGAGGAUAAUUGUACUUAUGAACGAAAAUGCAAAGAAGACUGCGGAAAUUGCAAGGUUGAAAGGGGAAGUGAACAAAGUCGAGCAAGCAUGGAGAGAAGAAAGUCGAGAGCUGUUGGAGGAGAUAACAGAGUUACAAUCAGAAAAUGAAACAUUCAAAUGUAUACUGAAAGAAAGAGAUGGCGUAGCUGACAGACAAAAAUUCAUCAUUGGUUGGCCAAAACCAGUGGCAGAACGUCAAGAAAUACAGAUGAUCACAAAACUGAAAGAGGCUGUGGAUCGACAGAGAGACCAGCUACGUGCCAAAGACAAUGAAAUACAGCAACGAUUACAAGAUACUGAUGCGCUUCAGCAGCAAGUGGCACGUCUUGCUAAGGUGAACCAACAGCUACGGAGGAAGAGUGAACUAUUGGCAUCGCAGGCUAAGAGCGUUAUCAAGGAAAAGACGGAGAUGCAAACAAAACUAGAAGCGUUAGCACAAGAUAUGGGACGGCAUGGAAUUGAAAUUGAGACUAUGCAACAGAAUAUUGUACCCGAGGAAAUGAAUGGAAGUUCAUUUGAUGAAUGUGAGGGUAAAAUUAUUAUUGAUCCGAAGGAUCCGAAUCGGCCCAGGUUCACUUUAAAGGAGCUUCAGACGGUGCUACAGGAGAGGGAUGAACUUAAGUUUAGGACGAUGGAAUUGGAAGAUGAAUUACAGGGCUACAGGCCGUCUGAAGAUCCAUACAUCCUUGCUACUGAACAAGUAACACCACCGAAGAGACAUGAAGACUCUGGCAUUAGAAAAUUACUCAAUUGCAGACGGACUCUCAUUCAAACAGAAACUGUCUCAAAAUUUACAAAUUUUUUUCAACUAAUAUUUUCCCCAAAGUCUUCUAAAGCAGCUAAACCAAGUAAUCCAUCUGCUAGAAGGGCAUCUGGUUCAGAGACUAAUAACAAUACUGUUGAUACAGACAGCCGUAUGAGGGAGCUAUCUGAAUUAAGCGAAGGUAGCACAAACACUGGAACACAUAACAUAAGUAAAAGUGAUUGGGAGAUCGUGAACUUUGACAUUGAUGAUGCAAAUGAGAUUAAGGAAGAUCAUUUUGCCGAGCCUUCACCUGAAUCAUCUGCCGAUUUUACCAACAUUAAAGCCGAUGUGUCCGAAGAGCAAGCAAGCUCUAGCAUAGCAUUAGCAAUUACCGUGGAUGAUGAGAGGCAUAGAGUAAAACAAAACGAAGGAACAAAUCAAGGACAAGAAAAGGAACAAAGAGUGAAAGUUAUUUAAACAGAUGUAUAUUAAAAUAUUUUAUGCAGCGAAAAAAAAUAUAUUCUGAGUGUUUUUCAUGCCAAGUUAGAAAGAAUGCUGUUAAAAAAUCACCCAAGAAGGACAGUCUUGGUCAAUGUUGAAAAGAUAAAUAAUUAAAUACAAAAUGCACUUCUGUUAUGUAGCAUUUGAGAUUUUUUUAAAAUAAUUGUUUAAGCAUCGGAUGGCUCUAUAUAGUGCAUGUAACUAAGAAUUGUUAAAUUAUUUAAAAGCACUUUUGAUAGGAAUUUUUUCUGCCUAUAUUAAUAUGAAAGUCAAACAUUUUUCUUUAUUUUUAUUCAAAUAUGUAUAUAUAAACAGUAGUUUAUAGAAAACAGUUGGAGAUAUGAUCUUGAUAAUAAAACACCUAUAAAUGUUUACUGUAUAUUGUGCUCUGUAAAUGUUUUAGAUAUAUGUUAAAGAACUUUACCAUUUUACAUAUUAGAUAUUUCAAGUGUAUUCUUAUCUUAAACAUGGACAUUCAAGGUAUGUAAGAUGACCAUGUAGAUUAGUGGCUUAGCAAGUGCUUAGUAAUUUUUUAUCUUUAAUCUUUUUCCCUGCUUUCAUAAUUUUACAACAGUAAGAGAGCUUUAUAUUAAGUAAUGACUAAAAGGCUGUAAUUACUUGUUUCUCUGUACAGGUUUGUCUAAAAAUGAUUUAGUAUAAUUGAAUUAAUCUGAUCUGUUUUUUCUGACAUAAUUUAUUUAAUUAACUGAUAUUGAAUUUCUUUUUGUCCUCAAAUUUACUUUCAAAUUUGACAGAUUCCAGCGUGUGAUCAAGAUGAAAGUUUCCCCUAAUGUCAAGAAGCUCCUCUUCUCAAGUCCAAACACAUCUCCAACAUCUUCACGCUCAAAUACUAUGGACUCACGGAGCAGUACAGAGCUGACGUGGGUCGGACGUGAA